AUGCACCAGCCCAUCCACCGUCGUGGUCGCGCCGCCCUCGUCUCUACGCCUGCCACGUGUUCCGACUCCCAAUCCCUCGCCUCCUCGCUCUUAACUCUCCCCACUCGUCGUGUGUACGCGGAAGACAGCACUCACUGCGUCCAUCCCGCUCCCCGCAAACCGCUCCCCGCCAAGCCCGCUUCCGCCCUGCCCACCUCCUCUGUCCGCGCAAUCGCCGCGAGAAGUCGUGCAACUCGAAGCGGCAGCAACAGUAGCGUCGACGGCAGCGGCGGCGGUGGUUCGACGGAGCAACACGCGAUUGUCGAGGCGCCACAUACGGCGGAGGCGGCGGCGUGGGACGCGUACGACUCGGCUUUCGAAAGCGUUCUUGCGAGCAUGUGGGACGAUGUGCGCAGUGAUGCGAGAAUCGAGACGAGCGGGGGAACCUGGAAGAGCGAGGGAACCGAGACGAGCGCCAGAGAGGGGGAGAGGCCUGGCGACGGAGAGUGCGACCACGAGGGUGGCGGGAUGAGGAGGGCGGGUGACCGCGAGAGUGACGCGCAGGGGCGGGACGAGGGGAAUGCGCGCGGGGUGGAGGCUCUUGGUAAAGUCAGGCUAGAUUCUGGUGGAGCAGGACAAGGCGGUGGUGCUGAUAGCUCGCGCACACGGGAGCCUCCUGGGGGGAGCAGCGCAGCAUGCGGCGAUCUCGUCGUGCCAGUUGCUGUGUCUGCCUGCUGUCAGGAUGGACAGCACGACGGGGAGGGAUCCACCUCUCGCCCAACAGACGACAACGAAGGCUCCCACGACGGCGACCAUGAAGGCGCCCGCGAAGGCGCCCACGAAGGCGCCCACGACGGUGCCCACGACGGCCACUACGACCACGACGAUGAUGGCGACUCUUCCCUCUGCGACGAGCCUCUGCCGCUCUCCACGCUCCCCCACGGCUGCCACUGGCCUCUCUCCCACCUCCCUCCUCCUCCCACGCUCAUUGAGCUUACUCCUCCGCCUGCUUCCCCUGCUGCUUCUGCUUCCCCCGCUUCGUCUGCCUCCCCUGUUGCUUCUGCUUCUCCUACCUCUCCUGUUACCACCGCAACAGCAGCCAGCAGCCCCUUCUUCCGCGCUCUCUUCAGCGAAUCGCCCGUGCCUGACUUGCCGCAGCCAUUGGGACGCCGCUCCAUUGAUAACUCAGAAGGAGCAUUUCCGGCGCUCAUGCCAUGCAGUUCCCUGCCUUGCAGCCCCCUUCCUUACAGCCCCAUGGCUAACAGCCCUCCCGCGUGGCCCAGCAAUGGUCGGCUAAGCCCUGCGAGCAGCCUCUUACUGCUGGAUACGCUCAUCCAGACGCCCACGCGCCUAGACAGCCGGAGCAGCUCCCAUUGCUCGGAGCAGCAGUGGGACGGCCAGUGGCACAGAGAGGCCUGGAGAAGCAACAGAGACAGCACAGAUUUGUGCCGCAGCAGCAGCAGCAACGGCGAGAGCUGCAGCGGAACUGUGGGAAUUGGCGGGGAGAAAGUGGAGGAUCUCGGGGCUAUGGCGUACAGAGGGGGAAACUGGUUGGGAGGAGUAGACGCCCCGCUUCUCCCUGCGUCUUCUCCUUAUUCUCCUUCUGCUGCUGGAGGAGGGGGAGGAGCAGGGCUUGGAUGGCUUCUACCCACAGACACUCUGGAUUACAUGGCCCAGGUGCAGAACAGCGUGCAGCGCGAGUUACACUCGUGGCUGGACGGGCUAGGAGAACGCACCAAGGGCCUGCGGGAAGACAUGCAGGAGCAGUUUGGGCGCAUGAAAGAGGAAAUGGCGGUGACGUUUAAUGUUCUAGAGGAGGAGAUUCAGGAGAUGGUGGAUGAGCUGGAAGACGAAGGGUUGUUACCUGAUUGGACUAAGUUGUUUGAUGAUGAUGGGGGUGGGGAGGAUGAGGAGUGGGAGGAGCUGGUGAGUGGACGGGGGAGCCGGCGGGGUGGGGUGGAGCGGGAGGAGGAGGAGAAGCGGAGGUUUUUGCAAAAGGUGAUGCUGGCUCAGCGCGUGUAUUUUGAUAUUCAUGGGGAGGUGGUGAGACGUGUGCAGGUGAGGGAGAGGAAUGCCAGUGGUGGUGGUGCGGUGAAGGCGAGCAGAAAUGGACCAGUGUGUAUUCCGGUGACCACCAAACGCAUGGAGAGUGCUGCUGUUGUGUUCUAG